AUGAGAAUUCUAGGUCUCCAUGGUCAAGGGACAAGUGCCUACAUCUUCAAAUCUCAAACAGUUGCUUUGAGAGCAAAGCUCCCAAAAAGCUACGAGUUCGACUUUGUUGAUGCCCCAUUUCAUUGUGCCCCAGCACCAGGUAUCAAGGUCUUGUUCGACUCCAGUCAUUACACUUGGUGGCCAAAAGCGACCACCAACGGCAUCAAAGGUGCGCACAAGUGGUUGAUCGACUACAUCGAGGAAAACGGACCGUACGACGCCGUGAUUUGCUUUUCCCAGGGCUGCUCCUUAGUUAGCAGCUUCCUUCUCUACCACAACCUCGAAACACCCGAGGAACCUCUACCAUUCAAAGCAGCCAUCUUCAUCUGCGGCGGUCUCCCUCUCGGUGUCCUCGAAGAUCUCAACUUGCCCAUCACAGAAAAGGCCCAUGCUGUCAACGAUGCCACGGGUGCGCUGCUCAAGAAGAAGGCCGGUGCAUUAAUUGAUCUGGCGAAGAAUCUCGACAAAAUCAAGCCGGGCAUGGGAUUGUGGGACGACGUCAACGGGUUGCUUCACGACCCGUCAAAGAUGCCAGACGAGACAGAUGUGUUUGGGAUUGACUUUACCGCCAUGCCAAAGGAAGCCAUGAUCAAGAUUCCAACAAUUCACAUCUACGGUGCUAAGGACCCAAGGUGGCCAUCGAGUGUUCAGUUGGCGUACUUUUGCGAGAACAGGAAGGAGUACGAUCACGGCGGUGGACACGAUAUCCCUCGGUCGACGGACGUUUCCAUCAAGAUUGCGAAGAUGUUGGAGGAUUUGAGGGAGGAGAUUGGAGCAUAA